AUGUUUCAUCUGAUCGAUCAUACGGAUUUUGAUUCGAGGAAAAAUAAACAUGGCUUUAUUGUCCUCGAAAGAUUCCUUGUCAAUCUUUUGAAGUCUUGUAACUCUUUAAAGUCCCUCUACCUCUCCUUUGUGGAGAUAGGAAACGAGGCUGCGGUCAUGGAAAUACCAUAUCGCCCAGAAGAGUUCGCAAUCCUUCAAGAUGCUCUAAGCCUUGUUGAUCAGAUCGUGACACAAACAUCUUCUGGUUUAUAUCUUGAGAUUGGACUCCCUUCCACUUACUACUGGAAUUACCAGAUUGAAUUCAACGAUGAAGAUGAGAAAAUGUGGCGUAAGAGUGAACAUGGAGAGGGAGGCUUUUAUUUGUCAAAAGGGGAAGACGACGAUAUGAAUUAA